UUGAAUCGUUGUACUAUUUCGUUUGGUCCUGUCAAGAUCCGUUGCCAUAGUCAUGUCUGCUCAUCAGUUUUUAGGAGGAAUCGAGAAUCUGCAGGGAGAUAAGAAAAAAAAGGCCCUGGAACUACUCCAUGACACCCUCGUAAAAUUGGGCUCCAUAUGUGGCACCCACUACAAGGUGGUGAAAGUGAUCUCUGUGACGGGUCAGGUUGUGGCUGGAACUCUCAAUACCUAUGAGGUCGAAUUGGAUGAUGGAUCCGAGAUAAAGCAGUAUCACGUGGAGAUCUUCAUUCAAGUCUGGCUGAAGGAGAACGGCACCACCAUCAGGAUCAAGUGUGCCGGCCAAGAUGUAUUGAAUUGCACUUGGUAA